AUGGAGGGAUCUAAUUAUAGUAUAAUUCAUUCAGUUUUAAUAGCAGCCGAUAACGAUACAAGUUAUUUUGUUAUAACAAACACUCAGUCACCGUCGACGGGUAAUUUUGUUAAGAAUAACACUCAGGAUGGUUUCGCGACAUUUUGGUUUCCCGGUGAAUUUUCUCCGUAUUCCGUAACGGAAGCAAUAAUAAUAGCUAUAAUACUCUUGCUUAUUAUCGUCGGAACGGUCGUGGGCAACAUAUUGGUGUGCAUCGCGGUGUGUUUGGUUAAAAAAUUAAGGCGACCUUGCAAUUAUCUAUUAGUUUCUCUUGCCGUGUCUGAUAUUUGCGUCGCCGUUUUGGUCAUGCCCAUGGCGACACUUUACGAAAUACUCGGAAAAUGGAGUUUCGGACCGGUCAUGUGCGAUUUGUGGGUGAGUUUCGACGUGCUUUCUUGCACGGCUUCCAUAUUAAAUCUGUGCAUGAUCAGCGUCGACCGUUAUUACGCCAUAACUAAACCCUUACAAUACGGAGUCAAAAGAACUCCAAGGAGAAUGAUAUUGUGCGUGAGUUUAGUUUGGCUGGGAGCUGCGUGCAUAAGUUUGCCGCCGUUGUUGAUAUUAGGGAAUCAGCACGAAUUGAAUAACACCACUCAGUGCAUUGUGUGUCAAAACUUUGCAUAUCAAAUAUAUGCCACACUCGGAAGUUUUUACAUACCCUUGACGGUCAUGAUGAUAGUUUAUUACAAAAUAUUUCGUGCAGCUAGAAGAAUCGUACUCGACGAAAGGCAAUCCAGGAGUCAUUUGGAAUCCCACUGCUGCUUAGACGUGAACGUUGGAAACGGGGGAUGCACUCACGUCGUACAAUCGAUUUCUUCUUCUCCGGCGGUUUCGACUCCGGGAGUCACAAACAGGGUGCAUCAUCAUCAUCAUCAUCAUCAUCAACACAGAUCGAGUACCGCGAGUACCGUCACCACCUGUAGCGGAGUUACGAACAUAAGCACUCGUUGCUUUCCCAGAACUUCUAACGAAUCCCAAGUUUCUAAUUUUGGAGCAUCGACGAGUCAAAAACGUAUAAGAUUUCAAUUGGCCAAAGAGAGGAAAGCAUCAACCACCCUCGGUAUAAUAAUGAGCGCAUUCACUGUUUGUUGGCUUCCUUUUUUCGUAUUGGCCAUAGUGAGGCCAUUUCUCAACGAGCAAAGUUCCAUACCGGCAUCGCUUUCGAGUCUUUUCCUAUGGCUGGGAUACGCCAAUUCACUUCUUAAUCCCAUCAUAUAUGCAACUUUAAACAGGGAUUUUCGUAAACCUUUUCAACAAAUUCUCUACUUUAGAUGUUCCACGCUCAACGACAUGAUGAGAGAAGAAUUUUAUCAUUCGCAAUACGGGGAUCCCCAUUACACGGCCAUAAAUAAUUCCAACAUUGUACCGAUGGAACGUCCGGAAGAUCGUCAACCAUCUUCUAACAUUAGUAGGCCGAAUGUAAAAAAAAAUUCUGGAAAAUGA